AUACUCCUGCUCAGAUCUGUGUAUCUAGCACCUGAUUGUUGCAUUGUUGCAUUGUUGUUGUUGUUGUUGUGUAACGCGAGAGACCUUGGGAUCCAAAAUGCCACACCAGGUCCCCUGGCGUGUUCAGGUGACCGACCACCCCGGCUCGACCGCCUCAGACAUCGCCAACGAGCCGGACUGGAAGAACCUGCACGGGCACGGGCACCGCGUCGGGUUCAGAAACAAGCAAGGCGAUCGCCUACCCGGUAUCACCCACCACGAUGAUGAACGCAUCGAGGAGGCAGAGGAGCUUGGCGAUGAGGCGAAGGCCGAGUAUGAGAAGCUGAAGCAGAAGGCGAAGAACGGGGGUUUAGUCAAUUUCAGGGAUUUGAUUGAGGGUGAGAAGGAUUUGCAUCUCAGACAUCCCGAGAAUAGGUCCUUGGGGUGGAGAUAUGUGGUUGAAUUUACGGAGGAUUGGGUUAAGAAUGAGGAGUGGCCGGCGAAUGUCAAGAGAAGGCAGCAGGAGGAGGGAGAGAAGAGGAAAGAAGAGCAAGGAAAGGGGGAAGGUGGGGAUGAGAAGGGAGGGAAAGGGAGUAAGGACAAAGACGGAGGAGUUUCGAAAGAUUCGAAAGACGGUAAAGAUCAAGAUCAGGGAUAUCAAGAUGAAGAGAAGUGGAAGCGUGAGACUGGCCAGGACGGCAAGCACCAUGAUGCUUACGCAGACAAGGGCGACUCGGACUCUGGGUACUCCAGCGACGACUCGGGAAAGCAGAAAACCGAAUAUAAGAAGCUAAGGGAACGAUAUUCGCCUCAAGAGAUUGCCCUGCUGCGAGCGUUGCAACAUGAAAAGGACUACAUCACCAAGCUCGAACAAAAUGAUGGAAAGCGCAAGAGCCCGCAACACUACAACCGCAGCACAAUCUCCAUCGACGAGGCUGAUCAAUUCUCGCCUGACAACUGGCUUCCUCGCUCAUCAGAUCUAAUUCGCUUGACUGGCAAGCACCCUCUGAACGCUGAGGCGCAUCUCACACAUCUCUUCGAAGCGGGCCUGAUCACACCGAACGAGCUGCACUAUGUCCGUAACCACGGCGCUGUUCCUAGGCUGCUCUGGGAGUUCCAUCAGUUAGACAUUGAGAACGGGACACUCACUCUCUCCAUGGAUGACUUGAAGAACAAAUUCGACUCUGUCAAUAUCCCAGUUGCAUUGGCUUGUGACGGCAACCGUCGCAAAGAACUUAAUCUAAUCAAAAAGUCCAAGGGUUUCAACUGGGGCGCAGGAGCUGUCAGUUGCGCAUACUGGAAGGGACCGCUGUUGAGAGACGUUUUGUUUGAGGCCGGUAUUGACCACAAGAUGCCAGACGGCAAGCGUUACUGGGUCAACUUCGAGGGCGCAGACGAGCCCAGCGAGGGCAAGUAUGCUACUAGCAUACCCUUCGACUACGCCAUGGACCCCACUAACGACGUGAUACUGGCUUACGAGAUGAACGACACGCCUCUGCCGCCAGAUCAUGGAUAUCCUGUGCGAUUGAUGAUUCCAGGAUAUGUGGGCGGUCGUUGCGUCAAGUGGCUCAAGCGCAUAUGGAUCUCCGAGAAGGAAAACGACUCAUACUAUCACAUCUGGGACAACCGCGUACUACCGUCGUUCGUCACAGAAAAAGAUGGCGAGUUUGCGGAGACACUAUUCAGACAUCCCGACACAGCUUGCAACGAGCAGAAUCUCAACUCUGUCAUCGUCAAACCAGCACAAGGCGAAAAAAUCCCCUUGACAUCAGCAAAGAAGGGCGAGACGUAUCGCAUUGAAGGGUACGCAUACGACGGCGGAGGCCACGAAGUCCAAAGAGUCGAAGUCUCGCUUGACGACGGAGAAACAUGGCUUUACUGCAUCAGAAAAUUCCCCGACGCGCCAAUCCGCCAUGGCAAGAAAUUCUGGACAUGGUUGCACUGGCACAUCGACGUCGACUUCACACAUCUCCUGCGAGCGAAGAGUAUCACAGUGCGCUGCUUCAAUGUGUUCAAGAACACGCAGCCUCAGCAUGGCAAUUGGAAUGUUAUGGGAAUGAUGAACAACGGCUGGUACGUCGUCAGGCCCUUCAUUAUUCAGGAUGAGGAUUCCGAGACUCCGUCUAUUUUGUACAAGCAUCCAGCUGAGCCGGGCACGGGUGGUGGCGGCUGGAUGAAGCCUAGUACUGAGAAUCAGAUUGCGACUGCGAAGCAGGAGGCAGGUGCUCCAUCGAAGCAGUUCACGAGGGAAGACAUCGAGAAGCACGACAAGGAUAGUGAUUGCUGGAUUGUGGUCGAUAAUAAGGUGUAUGAUGCGACAAGUGUAUUGGAUUGGCAUCCGGGUGGCAAAGCGGCGGUUAUGAGCCAUGCUGGAAAGGUACAUGCCGAGACGAGCAGUGAGUUUGAGAGCAUCCACGAUGGAUAUGCUUAUCAGAAGCUUAAGGAAUGCAUUCUCGGCACUGUGACCGACAAAGCUGCUGCGUUCAUCAAGCAAAGCGCGGAAGCUGCUGCAAAGGAGAAAGAGGAGUCAUCAGAAGGCACAGACCAGAUCACGCUACAGAAACACAGAUGGGUACCAGUCAAGUUGCUCAACCGCAAAUCGAUCUCAGACGACACACGGGCCUACACCUUCCAGCUCCCAGACGGCAAGCCCGACCUCGGCCUUGGAACAUGCCAGCACGUCCAACUAGGCUUCCACAUGAAAGAUCGCAUGCUGAUCCGCUCCUACACGCCCACCAAGCCUCUCCUCCCGGACGACAAAUCCGGCGACAAAAAAAACAAAGACUUCCGCGACGGUAACGGCAGCUUUGAGCUCACCGUGAAAACCUACUUCCCAACCGAUGAGCAGCCCGGCGGCGCCAUGUCCAACAUCCUAGACUGCAUGCCGAUCGGCGAGGAAAUCGAGAUCCGUGGCCCAACAGGAGAGAUCGAGUACAACGGCAACGGCACCUUCACAAUCUCAGACAAGGAGUACACAUUUAACCGCAUCAACCUGGUCCUUGGAGGCAGUGGUAUCACGCCCGGCUACGCGCUGCUCGCGCGUGCCAUGCUUUCUGCCGACGACAAGACGGAGAUACGCGUUGUCGACGCUAAUAAGAGCGAGAAAGAUAUCCUGCUCAAGGAGGCGCUUGAUGGGUUUGAGAAGGAUAGCAAUGGCAGGUUGAAGGUGAUGCAUGUAUUGAGCCACCCGAGCGACGACUGGAAGGGCAAGAAGGGACAUGUCGAUGCGGAUAUCAUCAAGGAGGCGCUGUUUGAACCUGGUGAGAAGACGGGCGUCUUCCUGUGUGGGCCGCCUGCUAUGAUACAGAAGGCGGCGCUGCCGGCAUUGAAGGAUUGGGGGUUUAAGGAGGAUGAGAAUGUGUUUGGGUUCUAGAUGGGCAAAGAUUAUUGGUGUAUCAAGUCGAU